AUGAGAUCCAGGACGUUGAGAAACGACGAAGCAAUUAAAGUAUUAUCGGACAAGGUAAAACUAAAUCCAAAUGCUAAAGUGAUCUUUAUGGUGGGAGCUGGUAUAUCAACAUCCUGUGGGAUACCCGAUUUUAGAUCACCAGAUACAGGGCUAUACAGUAAUCUAGCAAAACUUAAUUUACCCUACGCAGAAGCAAUUUUUGAUAUUGAGUUCUUUGAGGAUAAUCCAUUACCAUUCUAUACACUAGCUACUGAAUUAUAUCCAGGUAAAUUCAAACCAUCAAAAUUUCACUAUCUUUUAAAACUAUUCCAAGAAAAAAAGAUACUGAAGAGAGUCUACACACAAAAUAUCGAUACUUUGGAACAAGAAGCAGGUAUUGAGAAAGAUAUUAUUAUUGAAGCGCACGGGAAUUUUGCCAAAAAUCACUGUAUAAAGUGCCGUAAAGAAUUCGACAUGGAUGUCUUCAAAAAUAAACUGGAUGAAAAUGAAAGGACAGGUAGAUGUGACUUUGUAAAAUGUGAUGAAUGUGAUGGGUUAAUUAAACCAAAUAUUGUAUUUUUUGGAGAGAAUUUACCCACAAGAUUCUUCGAUACCUGGGAUGAUGAUUUGAGUUUGUUAUCAAAUAAUAGUUCCGAGUCCGAAUAUAUCAUCAUUGUUGCAGGUACAUCACUUGCAGUGUACCCAUUUGCAAGUCUACCGGAGGAAGUUCCUACUGAUAUUCCGAGAGCUCUGAUCAACCUUGAAACUGUGGGUGAUUUUAGCUUAAACCCCAGAAAAACUGACAUUUUAUUCGAAGGAACUACCGAUGACGCUGCACAAUUGUUAGCUGAAGAACUUGGAUGGGCGGAAGAACUGAAUAAGUUGGUAAGAGAACACGAUAUCGUCAAGGAAUCCACCAUUGAAGAAAUGAAUACUAUUUUAAGCGAAAUGAAGAAGCUGGAUAUAAAGGAUGCUUCGGAAGAUGAAAAGGAAACUGAAAAACCGGACAAUGCAAGUAAUGACGGAGGAGAUUCCAAUUCUAUUCGUUCUUUCAAUGAAAAUUCUAGCAAAAUAAAAGAAUAA